CUGCUAACUGCUACAAAUUGCGGAAGGAAAAGGCGGUUGAUUUUUGCUUGAAACUUGUGGAGGGAGUUUCUCACUUUCUCUCUUUGACUUCUCAGUUCUUAAUUUGGAAAAUGUCUGAGGCACAGCAUGAAGAACAUCAGUAUUUGAAUCUUAUUAAGAAUCUCCUACAAAAUGGAAAUGUCAAAGGGGAUCGGACAGGAACCGGAACGAGAUCUAUUUUUGGAGCACAAAUGCGAUUCAGUUUACGAAGUGGGAGGUUUCCACUGUUGACAACUAAACGUGUUUUCUGGAGAGGACUGAUGGAGGAGCUUCUUUGGUUUGUUAGAGGUUCAACCAAUGCUAACGAACUCAGGGAGAAAGACAUUCAUAUAUGGGAUGGAAAUAGUUCUAGAGAGUUUCUUGAUUCACUAGGCCUGAAAGACAGAGAAGAAGGUGAUUUGGGUCCAAUCUAUGGAUUUCAGUGGAGACAUUUUGGAGCUAACUAUGAUAACAUGCACAGUGAUUACAGUUGCCAAGGGGUUGAUCAACUAAAAAAUUUGAUAAGCACAAUCCGCACCAAUCCUGAUGAUCGACGCAUGAUCCUUACAGCUUGGAAUCCUUCGGCAUUACCACUGAUGGCAUUGCCGCCGUGCCAUUGUUUGGCUCAGUUCUACGUAGCAAAUGGCGAACUGUCUUGUCAAAUGUAUCAAAGAUCAGCUGAUAUGGGUUUGGGUGUCCCUUUCAACAUAGCUAGUUAUUCUUUGUUGACAUGCAUGAUUGCUCAUGUCACAGGAUUAAACAAGCCGGGUGAAUUCAUUCAUACACUUGGAGAUGCUCAUGUUUACAACAAUCACAUCAGUGCACUCGAAAAGCAACUAGAGCGACAGCCACGUCCUUUUCCCACCCUGAAAAUCGUUCGCAAAGUAAGCGAUAUUGACGAUUUUAAAGCUGAUGAUUUUGUUUUGGAGGGGUAUGAUCCCCAUCCGAAGAUUCCUAUGGACAUGUCUGUGUAAAUUUCGUGAUCUUUUGAUAAAUAUAUCAGAUAAAUCCACUCA